GAGCGUGGCGGGAGAGCAGGAUCGCGUGGCGGGAGUGGUGGAGGGCGCGGCGCGGGGGUAACAGGGUCUCAGGGCCAGCUCUACACAACUGGCCUUGUGUGCGAGAAGGCUGUGAGGACCCGUGUUCACUGCUCCCGCGGGGAGGGACCCAGCUAGGCGCUCCAACCCUGCGGAGCCCCACUUCGGGGUAGGAAAAGAAGGCCUCAGCUCCAGCUCCACCCAUGUGGACCCCAGAUGAGAUUGCUCAGCUGUGCUAUGCACACUAUAAUGUCAAACUGCCCAAGCAGGGGAAGCCUGAGCCAAACCGUGAGUGGACUUUGUUGGCAGCCGUGGUGAAGAUACAGUCUCCAGCUGACCAAGCCUGGGAUAGCACUGAGAAGCAAGUGCCAGCGACAAAGGAAGUGGUCUCGAUGGGAACAGGAACAAAGUGCAUCGGCCAGUCCAAGAUGAGGAAGAGCGGAGACAUCCUCAAUGACAGCCACGCUGAGAUCAUAGCCAGAAGGAGCUUCCAGAGAUACCUUCUCCAUCAGCUCCAUUUGGCAGCUGUCCUGCAAGAGGAUAGUAUCUUUGUUCCAGGAACUCAGAGAGGACGUUGGAGGCUCAGACCUGACCUGUCCUUCGUGUUUUUCUCUAGCCACACACCCUGUGGGGAUGCCUCCAUCAUUCCAAUGCUUGAGUUUGAAGAACAACCUUGCUGUCCUGUCAUCAGAAAUUGGGCCAACAACUCACCUGUAAAAGGGAGUGAUAAUCUAGGGGAUUCUAAAAAUAAAAGGAGUUGUGAAGACCCUGAGAGUCCUGCAGCCAAGAAAAUGAGGCCCGGAACACCUGCCAGGUCACUCUCCAAUUGUGUAGAUCGCCAUGGGACACAGGAAAGUGGUCCAGUCAAACCAGAUGUCAGCAGCUCUGAUCUCACCAAGGAAGAACUGGACACUGUCAAUGGAAUAGCUCCAGGUAGCUUCAAGGUGGUGGAUGUAUAUAGAACGGGAGCCAAGUGUGUUCCUGGAGAAACUGGAGACUUGAGACAGCCAGGCGCUGCCUACCACCAGGUGGGGCUGCUUCGAGUAAAGCCCGGCAGGGGAGAUAGGACAUGCUCCAUGUCCUGCAGUGACAAGAUAGCAAGGUGGAAUGUCCUUGGAUGCCAGGGUGCACUGCUAAUGCAUUUCCUGGAGAAGCCCAUCUACCUGUCAGCUGUGGUCAUUGGGAAGUGCCCAUACAGCCAGGAAGCCAUGAGGAGAGCAUUGAUUGAGAGGUGUCAGGAAGUCUUGGCUUUACCCCGAGGCUUUGGAGUUCAGGAACUGAAAAUACAGCAGUCAGGUUUACUGUUUGAACAGAGCCGCUGUGCAGUGCAAGUGAAAAGAGCUGAUGGUCCGGGCCGACUCGUGCCUUGUGGUGCAGCUAUCAGCUGGAGUGCUGUUCCUGAGCAGCCUUUGGAUGUUACAGCCAAUGGUUUUCCACAGGGAACAACAAAGAAAGAAAUUGGAAGCCCUCGGGCCAGAUCCCGGAUCAGCAAGGUGGAACUCUUCAGAUCAUUCCAGAAGCUGCUGAACAGCAUUGCAGGAGACAAGCAGCCAGACUCCAUCAGGGUACGGAAGCUGGACACCUACCAGGAGUACAAGGACGCCGCGUCUGCCUACCAGGAAGCCUGGAGCGCACUCCGGAGGGCACAGCCGUUUGCAUCCUGGAUCAGAAACUCACCCGAAUACCACCAAUUUAAAUGAACUCUUGCUGGUAUCAGGACCCUUCAUGUUGGCCUCUCUUCAGGCUGAACAAACCUCUGCUUUUCUGGUGGUUAAGAGAAGAAAGAAACGCCUUCUCCCAGAGACGUGCACCUCUUGGUGUCACACAGUUGGAGCUUAGGACCUCAUCAAGUUUACUUGAUUAGAGCAGCUCCUUGCUAAAAUGGCCUCUCAGUAAUGACCUUGGUAUCUGCCUUCAAUUGUGUUUUAUUGGUUUUUUAAAACAUAACAUCAGAGUCUGGAAAAUGAUGCAUUUAAUGUAAUCUGCAGUAGCUCUUGCUUUGUCUUCUUCCAUUGAUUUGGCAAGUAUAUAUUGGGCUGGAAUUACAUUAGAAUGUCUGGACAUUUUACAGCUUCUCCUGGAGUGGUAACAUGCAUUUCAUAUUUCUAGCCUUCCUUUGGAAACCAUUAUUUCAUUUCCCAGUCCUCAGCAAUCAGAUGUGGUUGAAGUUGACUUUACUCUUAGGCUCAGCACUGGACUAGCCUUUGAAAGUGCUGUUCAGACCUAUCAGUAAAGGUUUAUUUGGGGCUGGAGAGAUGGCUCAGUAGUUAAGAGCAUUGGCUGCUCUUCCAGAGGACCUGGGUUCAAUUCCCAGCACCCACAUGGCAGCUCACAACUGUCUGUAACUCCAGUUCCAGGGACUCAGACGUCCUCACACAGACAUGCAGGCAAAGCACCUGCAGAUGCCAUUUUAAAAGUCUCACUUUGUAGAUACACUGUCCUUGACUUUCAGUCCUGCUUCAUUCAGCCUUCCAAGUGGCAAAAUUACAGGCAUAAGCUAUAGCUCAAAAUAUUCUCUUCUCCUCUCUCCCAUUAGUCCCUUCUCUCCCUCUCCUUCCUCUUUCUUCUACCUUUUCUUCUUGAGACAAGAAGAGACCUCUGUAGCCCUGGCUGGCAUUGAACUACUAUGCAGCCAAAGAUGACCUUGGGCUCUGAUCUUCCUGCCUCUGCCUCCAACUGCAACACCAUACUUGCCUUCCAAGAUUCUCUUCUGAUCAGUGUUCUGAGGCCCACAAUAAUCUUGUGGAGACAUAGAGACAGCCAGCUGAGAAUGAAGGCAGCAAAAGAGGAAACAGCCAGAACAAUCAAAGGCCUAGUAUCCACCCUACGCCCAAACUAUGAGACAAAUGCCUGUUUUGUUUGUUUCUAAUUUAUUUAUUUAUUUAUGGGGCCCACAUAUGCUAUAGUGCAUGUGUGUGGUAAGUACCUUAUCAGCUGAGCAACCUCAUCAGGUCUCUAUUGUUUUGAUUUCACCUAUUAGAGUUAUUUUCUUUUUAACUUAGUUCCAAAGUGCCUUAAAUUCCUAAGUAAGUCAGCGGCAGACCCAGAAACUAGCCCUGUUUAACUAUCAUCAUCCCAGACAUAGCUCUCAGUUUACUCCUGCCUUGAAUAACUGGAUGAAAAUAGCUCCCCUUCUUGUAACUCAGGGUCACUACUUUUUUAUAGCUUUUCCUUUUGGUUUGGUUUUGGAUUUUUGUUUUUAGAGACAAGGUUCUUCUUAUAGCCCUCGUUUUCCUGGGACUCACUCUAUAGUCUAAGCUGGCCUCAGAGAUCCACCUGCCUCUGUGUCCCCUGGGAUUAAAGGUGUGCACCACCACCACUUGUAUCUUUUAUGAGAUUUUUAUAUUAUGAAGACUUGAAUAAAAAUGUGAAGGAAUAAUAUAUUUUUAUUCCUAAAGUUAUAAUCUGCCAAAUUUUCUCUCACACACAAAAAAGUUCAAUAUGAACUAAAAACCUUAGACACUGGGGAAUGGGCUGAAAGAACCGAAGGCUAGACACUGAAGGCAGCUUCAUCUUGACCUGCACCUGUUUUCUGAAGAGCUAAGGGUGGUACUUAAACAUCUAACAGUGUGCAUUCUAUUUUAUGCUCUUAAAACCCAAGUUUGUGCCAGCCAGUGGGGUGCCCUCCUUUAAUCCCAGCACUUGGAAGGUAGAGGCAGGCAGGUCUCUAGUUCCAAGCCAGCUGGGGCCACACAAAGAAACCCUUUAUCACCAGCCAGGCACAGUGGCGCACUCAGGGAGGCAGAGGCAGGAGGAUCUCUGUGAGUUCAAGGCCAGCCUGGUCUGCAAAGAAAGUCCAGGACAGCCAAGGCUACAUAGAGACACCCUGUCUCAAAAAACAAAUUUUAUAAUUGAAUGUAUACCCUAAAGUCACCUUUCUGUAAUACUGGCAGAUGCUUGCUUGCUUUCAGACUAUGUCUCAUGAAAGCUAGGCUGCCUUUGAACUCCUUCUUUUCCUAAAAUCCCAAGCCAGAAAACUGUCCUCUCCAUAGAGUUAUCCUACUUAUCCUUGUCCGUUUUCUGCCACCAGCAACAUUAUCAGAUCUGAGCAUGUGCCAGCUUGAUGAUCUAGAGCCAAAGUGGCUUCAUUUGCCUAGCAUCCUAUGGUCCUCUCCAGGCUCUGGCUGCAGAAAGCCUGCUUUCCUCGGUGAAGUCAGGGGCUAUGAGUCACAGGACAUUCAUGCAUGUCCCCGCCACCCACCCCAUCAGGGCUCACAGAGCAACGCCAGGGACAGGCCAACCAGCAGGACAGUUUGCCAUAAUCAUCAGAGAAAGUAGGAUAGGCAGAAGAAACCAAGGGCCUGACAUGCUGGGCCAGUGUCCACCACUUAGCCACGCCCCACCCAGGUUUUUGGUUUUGUUUUUUAAUUAGUGAAAAGGAUUUUGUAUUUUAAACUGUUGAAACAGAUGCCCUUCAGAAGUGAAGCUGCAUUCCUAAGUAGGGUCUAAUGUUAUAACCGUGUGUAUGUGUGUGUUUUCACUUUAUUUUUUAUAACUUAAUCACUUUAUAUCCUGAUUGUAGCCUCCUCCUUCAUCUCCUCCCCUUCCUCUUUUCCCACCGCCUCCCCCUUUCCCCUCUCCCAGACCACAGAAAGGGGAGCUCUUCUCCACUACCAUCUGACUCUAGCCUAUCAAGUCUCAUCAGGACUGCCAGGAUCCUUUUCCUCUGUGGCCUGGCAAGGCUGGUGUAAAUUUUCUUUUCCUCGGGAUUUUAAGAACUUAGUUUGAAGCCUGGCAUGGUGGCGCAGGCCUUUAAUCCCAGCACUCCGGAGGCAAAGGCAGGCAGAUUGCUGUGAGUUCAAGGCCAGCCUGGUCUACAAAGUGAGUCCAGAAAAGCCAAUCUACACAGAUAAACCCUGUCUCAGAAAAAAAUUAAAAAAAAAAAAGAACUUACUUUGAUUUAGCCUUGCAGUGUAUAUGUUCAUGUGGUUCUUCCUUUAGGAUGGAGGAAUGCCGUGUUAAAUGCUGUGUUUUAUGGGGUUCACCACUGCCAAGCAUGAGCUCACCGUCUGAGGCAAUGAAGUGACUGUGGAGAAAAUGGCCUGCCCUGGCCACCACUGCCUCACUGGAGAAGUGCAGACUCUGUCUGAUUUGCUUGUGUCUGUGGCUGCUGGAAAGGUGCCCCAUCCAGAUCUUCAUAUUUUUGGCUUUAAAACAAUGUUCUAACGCCAGAGUUUUCCAGUUUCUAAACAUGAACUCUCUUUUGGCUGGUUAAGUUUUCAAGUACCACUUGCCUCCUGUGCUGGUGAGAAAGCCAGAGCUGCUGGGAACCCACAGCAGCACAAAGAUCACAGAAGCAGGAAGUGGCCUCCAAACAGACAGAAUACGUGUGUUUUUAUGCUUUUGUGUGUGUGUGUGUGUGUGUGUGUGUGUGUGGAGGCAGGUAUCUUGGGGAAAGUGUCUUUAUUUUCUGAACAGAAUAGUUCAUUUUAUACCCCAUUUUAAGGAAUCAUAGGCCUUGACUUCCUAUACAUGUGAAUCUUAAAAGUAAUUGUUUAAAAAAAAAAAAAAAGCUGGGCGUUGUGGGACAGGCCUUUAAUCCCAGCAGAUUAAAGUUGAAGGCCAGAUCUCUUGAGCUGAAGGUCAGCCUGGCCUGCUGAGCUAGUUCCAGGACACCCAGGGUUACACAGAGAAACAGUGUCUUGAAAAACAACAACAAAACUAAAAUUAAAUUAUGUCUGUAAUUGAGCCAAGCUGUUUCCCUGUAAAGCUGUCCAGGUAGAUCCAAAACAAUUUUUAGGUAGGUCUAUAGCCCAAAGGAGAGAAGAAAACUGGAGCUGCUUCAGAGGUGUAAGUAAGUGAACCUUUGAAUUCAGUGUUCAUUUCUAGGCACUGGGACGCGUGUGCAGGAUACAGCACUUGCGAACAUGUGCAAGGGUCUUCAGACCAAAUGGAAAGGAAUAUAAAUCGGAGCCGCUGUGGUCGGGCCAGGGGUGGCGGCUGAUGUAAAGAGGCUCAAGAGAACGCCACAGGGUAGACUGGCUGUUCAUCUCUUUGGCUGGUAACUUUCUGAGUGUAGAUCCAGGCUGGCCUGGAUCUCCUGAAGUUCCCAGGUUUCCAGAUGCUGCUAUUACAGAUGUGUGCUGCCAUGCCAGGCUAACAGUCCAUGUUUUAAUUGAGGUGUUAAAUACAGGAAUACAGGUCUGGUGGAAAUUUGUAAGGUCUACAAUCAUGUUCUGUGCUCUUUUUUUAAUGUAAUUAUACCUCAAUUUAGAAUGUGAAAGAAAAAAGUCCUUAAGAAUUACUUGAGAUAGCAGAAAACUUGAGUAUGGCCUUUGAAACAAUUACAUUAUAGUACCAGCU